AUGUACGAUCACUUGAUAUGUACCCAAUUCUCGAAAGAAUAUACACUUUGGUUUUAUCACGGAGAGACUGAGGUAGGGGAUCCCAGUAGUAACGUCUCAAAUAGUGAUGCUUCAAAUGCUUUUGAUGAUUUUAAUCAAGAUUCUAUUCAUGACAUGCUUGGAGAUGCUUUUGGAACUGAUAUGCACUGGGCAAAUGAAGUCUCAUUAGAGUCAGAUGAAGACAUUGAUGGAGUUGAAAGAGUGAUGCCAGAUGUAGCUGAUGCAGCGGAGUUUGAAGAAUUAGCAAGUCAUGCAGAACUACUUUUGUAUGAAGGGUGUACAAGAUAUUCAAGAUUGUCCUUUUUGGUGAAGAUGUAUCAUAUUAAGUGUAUAUGUGGGAUGACUGACAAGGCAAUGUCGAUGAUAUUUGAACUCUUACAUGAUGCAUUUGAACAUGCAAAGAUUCCGAGUUCAUUUUAUGAAGCAAAGAAAACUAUCUUGAAGCUUGGUAUGAAUUAUGAGAAGAUACAUGCAUGCCCGAACAAUUGCAUGCUGUAUUGGGGUGAAGACAAGGAGAAAGAAAUGUGUAAAGUUUGCAACAGGUCUAGAUGGAAACUAGAUACAAAGGGUGGUGAGAUUCAAGAAUCAAAUGAUGGGAAUAUUAGGAAGAAGGUGCCUGCUAAAGUUCUUCGUUACUUUCCACUAAAACCUCGUUUGCAAAGGUUAUUUUUGUCUUCAAAGACAGCCGAGGCCAUGAGAUGGCAUGAUGUUGCUCCUAAGGAAGAUGGUGUAAUGACGCAUCCUAGAGAUUCAGAAGCUUGGAAGAUGUUUGAUUUAAAAAACACUUCAUUCGCAGAGGAUCCACGAAAUAUACGUUUGGCAUUAGCUACUGAUGGUAUUAAUCCCUAUUGUAGUAUGAAUGCAAAUUCUAGUACCUGGCCAGUUAUUCUCAUUCCUUACAACACUCCUCCUUGGAUUUGUAUGAAGCGGACGUCUUUUAUUCUUUCAAUGAUAAUUCCUGGAAAAAAGAUGCCAGGAAACAAUAUAGAUGUCUACUUACAACCGUUGAUCAAAGAGCUAAAAGAGUUAUGGAAUGAGGGCGUGGAUGCAUAUGAUUCUUUUGAGAAAAAGGCGUUCAAAUUGCAUGCGGCGUUGAUGUGGACUAUAAGUGACUUUCCUGGGUUAGGAAUUCUCUCCGGGUGGAACACGUACACUGGACUUGCUUGUCCAUCUUGUAACUUCGACUCUGUUCCUUUUCAACUUCCUCAUAGUAGAAAAUCAUGUUUCAUAGGACAUCGUCGUUUUCUUAAUCAAAGGCAUCGAUUUAGAUUGAAUAGGGUUCGAUUUAAUGGAGAGCAAGAAUUUCGCAAUCCACCGAAGAGGUUAUCUGGUCUUGAUAUACUUGAGCAAGUCAAGGACAUCAAUGUCACAUUUGGUAGAAAAGAAGAGGCAAAAGUUAGGGGCACCAAGUCAAAAGACCACCUCAAUGCUCGAAAAGAUCUUAAAGCUUUAGGCUGUAAACAAGAUCUUUGGCCAGAUGAGAAUGGAAAGUACGCUCCAGCUAUCUUUACACUGACUAAUAAAGGCAAGAAGGCUUUUCUGUCAACUUUAAAAAAUAUUAGUGUGCCAGAUGGGUAUUCAAGUAACAUAUCUAGGUGCAUUGAUGUUGACAACCUUAAGAUCAAUGGGAUGCUAAAAAGCCAUGAUAAUCACAUAUUAAUGCAACAAUUGCUACCAUUAGCCAUGCGAACGAGUUUGCCUAGUGAAGUUUCAGCAAUCUUGAUUGAAUUGUGCUCGUUCUUUAGGAAGUUAUGUGAAAAAAGAUUGAUUAUUAAGGAUUUAGACAAGUUGCAAGAUCAAAUUGUGCUCACUCUAUGCCAUAUGGAGAUGUUAUUUUCUCCAUCCUUUUUUACAGUUAUGAUUCAUUUGGUGGUUCACCUUGUUGAAGAAGUUAAGCUUGGAGGUCCUGUACAAUACCGGUGGAUGUAUCCGAUAGAAAGGUACUUGAGACAACUAAAAUCUUAUGUGCGUAAUAAAGCACAACCAGAGGGCUCUAUUGCUGAAGGUUAUCUUAUGCAAGAGAUCCUUACAUUUUGUUCAAGAUACCUGGACAAUAUUGAGACAAUAUGGAAUCGACGUAAGCGUGUUGGUAAUGAGCCUACCCAGAUAGAUCCCAAUUCACGAAUAUCUAAGCUGUUUCCUCAAGUUGGAGAAUCAAAUAAUGGUUUCACAUAUUUUACUUUAUCACCAAUUGAGAAGAGGCAGGCUCAUAGGCAUGUUUUGACAAAUUGUCGUUCAGUUGAUAACUAUCUUAGGGAUUAUAGAGAUAUUGUGAAGAAAAGAUUAAGAAGCCGAACAAGGGAUACUACUGAGAUAGACAAAAAGAUUUGUACUAAUCUCAACAAACUUCCUGAUGUGGAUAAAGACAUUCUUAUCAGCCUUUCUCAAGGACCAUAUGACCAAGCAAGAAAGUUCUCUUCAUAUGAUGUUAACGGAUAUAGAUUUCGAACUUUAGCAAGGGAUAAUGGAUUAAAAACUCAGAAUAGCGGAGUUUUUGGUACAUUUGGAACAAGAAGUUACUCAAGUAGUAAAGAUACCCGAAUGAACUUUGGUGCGGUGCCUUAUUAUGGAAAGUUGGUAGACAUCAUUGAGCUUUUCUACAAUGGUUUUACAGUUCUCUUGUUUAAAUGUCAAUGGGCAAACACAACUAGUCCUAGAGGAAUCAAAAAGGACAAUUUGGGUUUUUUAUCUGUGAACUUUACAAGGCUCAUACAUACUGGUGAACAUGAAGAUGACGAGCCAUAUAUUAAAGCUUCUGAAGCCCAGAUGGUAUAUUAUGUGGAUGAUGAGAAAGAAAAAGGAUGGUGCAUACCAAUUCACUUGAAGCCAAGAGAUUUGUAUAACAUGAGUGGAGAUAAUAUGGGUGAAGAUGACGAAAUUACAGUAUCCAAUGAUAAUUAUCCACCACAAGACUUAGAGUCUCUUUUUCCAGAUGAAAAUACAAAUAUAAAAUUGGCGAGAAUAGUUGUAGAUGAUGAUUUUCCAAUAAUCAAUGAAAACUAUGAUGAGAAUGAGGAUAUGCUUGUGUAA